CUCAUAUCUUUUUACCUCUCAUCACUCUCACUAGCAUUUUAAACACACAAUGGCACCCUCUCAAUCUCCUGCAACACGAAAGACGCGCAACAUUCCCAGCAACAUCAUCACAAACCACAACAGUCCCGCAGCAGCAACAACACAACGCAGGAAAGGAAUACGCAUAGGAAAGGCCCUCAAUAUUGCUGGACGCGCUGCUCUCGUACCAGCAAAAAUUGUCACUGCCGGCGUCUAUGGUAGGCGCCCAGCUCUCGCACCUGCACCAGGCGAACAACCAGUCGCUAUCCUUAGGGUCCAGGUCGUUGGCUGCAACGAACUGUUCGCAAAAGACGGCGGGGGAAAGCACUCGGAUCCGUUCGUCAUCGUCACCUAUGGCAAACAACGCGUCUGGACCCCCACGAUCAAGAAGUCCCUCAACCCCGUGUAUGACCCCAAGACCGCCACGUUUGAUUUCCCUCUAUACCUCUCUUUGGCAGAUCGCCUCGGGCCACUGGAAUUUGUCGUAUGGGACAAGGAUAUCAUGAUGCGGAAGGAAUACCUUGGGGAGGUUGCAGUCAGGGUGGAGGACUGGUUCCCGGAGGAAGAAAAGAACCUGGCUUUCGACGAUGAGAAGAAUCUGUCACGCAGUAGGAUUCUUCUGUCAAGUCGUCGAAGAGCCCAGGUAUCCGGCACAAUAUCUUUCAAGCUAGGCCUCGUUCCCGUGGGAGAAAACACGAAUCUAGAUCAGGUGUAUACCCAGGUUCUGCAGAAAGCGACUGAGAACCUCAACAUUCUCUCUGCACCUCCGACCGAGAGUAUCGGUACUUUCCUGCCCCCGGAACAAGACGAGAACGGGAAUGAGAACGAACAAUAUGAGGACGACGGAUUGUCCUCGGAAGAGGAGGACGAAGUUGACGAGCUUGAAGAACGGGAUUUGUUCGACGAGGGAAGCCUUCCUCCAACACCACGUCGGAUGUCAAACACCUUCCUCGCCCCGCCCACUCCGACGUACCCUGUCAAGCCAAUUCCCAAACGUGCAUCCUCUACUGACAGCAGCAUCAGUGCUACCAGUGUUGGCCCCCCUUCGCGUCCCUCGAGCCGGCCUCCAAGCCCCGGUACACUCACUCCAGGUGGAAAACCACGUAAAGCUAUCUUCCGACGAAGACGCCCCUCCCGCUCAAGCGACUACAACUUCUCCGCCGAGACAGAUAUUCUGGGAAUCGUGAUGCUCGAAAUCGCCGGUGCGGACGACCUGCCUAAGAUCAAGAACUCGACUGGCCUGGGGUGGGACAUGGAUCCGUUCACAGUCAUCUCCUUUGGAAAGAAGGUGUUUCGCACGCGAGUGAUCCGGCACUCCCUUACCCCGCGCUGGGAAGAGAAACUCCUUUUCCACGUGCACGAAUACGAGCAGAACUUCCAGAUUAACUUCACCGUCCUCGACUGGGAUAAGAUCACCAGCAACGACCAUGUCGGGGACGUCUCAUUUCCUCUGGCCGACCUGCUCGGGGACAUACCAGAGAAAGACCCGCAGACAGGGCUCUAUCCCGCGGAGAGCAUCGGUGCGCACGACAUGAAGGAGCUCCGCUUGGCCUUGCAGACGCAGAACAACCCAUCCUGGGAGGGCAAGUUCACCCCUACGCUGACGGUGAAAGCUAAGUAUCAACCGUACGACGCCCUGCGGCAAAGGUUCUGGAGGCAGUACUUGAAGCAGUACGAUGCUGAUGAUACGAACACGUACUCCCGUAUCGAGCUCACAUCGAUGCUUGACUCCCUCGGCUCGACCCUCACAAGGGAAACGAUCGAUGCCUUGUUCUCCCGGCAUAACAAGAAUCCGGACACAGAUGAGCUCAGCUCGGACGAAGCGGUUAUCUCCCUCGAAGAGACUGUGAACCGUCCGGCGGAGGAGAGGCGCAAGGUUUCGCCCUCUACGUCAGUGCCAGCUUUGGGCACUCAGACACCUAGCAUCAGCAUCGCCACACCGGCAGUGGAAUUGGAAGCACUGGACUUCUCCGGGUACGAAGCGUUGCCUGCGAACUACGAUUCGUCUAUUUCCAAGGCGGUCGAAGCCAGUAUUCCUGGGAACGGGGCGAGCACCGUAUCCGAGUCGAAUCAGCCGCUCGUAGAGACUUUGAUCAACAACUCUACGUCGUCCAGCACACUCGGUUCCUCCUCUUCCAUGACUGAGAACGGGGAUGUCUCUCCUCCUCGUAGCGAGCAUACCCUUGAGCGUGUGAUCAACAUCAAGACUUGCCCACUAUGUCACCGACCCCGGCUGAACGCCCGUGCGGAAGUGGACAUCGUCACCCACCUCGCUGUGUGUGCGAGCUCGGAUUGGGGAAGGGUGGACCGGAUGAUCGUUGGUAACUUUGUGACGAGCUCGCAGGCACAGAGGAAGUGGCUCGCAAAGGCAUUUGCGAGUAUUGGAACUGGAGCAUACAAGUUGGGCGCAAACUCAGCAAACAUUAUCGUGCAGAAUCGUAUCACAGGGCAGCUGGAGGAGGAAAAGAUGCAGAUAUACGUCCGGCUGGGUAUCCGAAUCAUGUACCGCGUCACGCGCAAUCAGAUGGAGGGGCUGCGUGCGAAACGUCUGCUCAAGUCCAUGUCAAUUAAGCAAGGGAUGAAGUACGACAGUCCUGCGUCCGCACGAGAGAUCCUCCCAUUCAUCGCCUUCCACAAACUGAACGUGAAAGAGAUAGCUGACCCGCUCUCGUCGUUCAAAACAUUCAACGAAUUCUUCUAUCGGAAACUGAAGGAUGGCGCAAGGCCGGUGACGGAACCGGAGAACCCUAAACGGCUGGUUAGCUGUGCCGAUUGUCGGAUGAUGGCCUUCGAAUCUGUGACGUAUGCAACCAAACUCUGGAUCAAGGGACGCGGGUUUACCGUCCAGAAGCUGCUUGGAGAAGCAUACAAGGACCAAGCAGACAAGUAUGAGGGUGGCGCAUUGGCAAUCUUCCGCCUCGCGCCGCAAGACUAUCAUCGUUUCCACUCCCCUGUGGACGGGACCAUCGGGCCCAUGACCUAUAUCGCUGGCGAGUAUUACACCGUCAAUCCCCAAGCCAUCCGGACUGCACUGGACGUAUAUGGCGAGAACGCCCGCAAGAUUGUCCCGAUCGACAGCCCGCAAUUCGGUCGUGUCAUGGCGGUCUGCAUUGGCGCGAUGAUGGUCGGCAGCAUUAUCACGACCGUGAAGGAAGGCGAGCAGGUGGUGCGGGGACAGGAAUUUGGGUACUUUGCGUUUGGUGGUUCGACUAUUGUUCUCCUAUUUGAGAAGGGGACACUGGAAUGGGACGAGGAUCUACUGAUCAAUGGGCGUGCAUCGCUUGAAACCCUGGUACGGAUGGGGAUGGGCAUAGGUCGCAGCAUGCGGUAG